AUGGCCGAGUCAGACUACUUGUUGACAUUCGUACCAUGCAAAUGCUUCCUGUCUCCAUUGAUUAAGGUCGCCACUGACAAAAAGGCCGAGUCGGAGGAGAAGCCCGGCCCAGAGAUCCCGGCCGGCAGCACCUUAAGCGCCGAGGUGCCCACCGCCGGUAACAAGCAGCCACCUACCAAGUCGGAACAGGCCGAGGAGCUGUCUUGCAACAACUACGUCGAGUUCUGCUCGCGCAAGUACAGCAACAUCACUUCCGUGGGCACCCACAGUGCUGCCUUUACCACGCCCAGCAACCCAUUCUCCAACCAGAACUUGGACGUCACGACGGCACUCAACGAUGGCGCCAACUUGGUUCAGUUUCAAAUACACAUGAAAGACGGCGCCCCCGAGCUCUGCCACAACGAGAACACCCGCGCCAUCAUUUUCCUCGUCUCGGCGGCCGACCGGGAAAAGGACCCGUGGCUGCUUUCCGAGUUUGACUUCUUCUGGGAGACGCCCUUUAGCCCCACGGACUCGGGCUUCCCCUGCACGGUGCAGCGCCCAGCCAGCUUGACCUCUGACGAUGCUCGGGGUCGGCCGUAUAUCCUAAACACCAGCCUAAAUAGAGAAGGAAAGAUCAUCAUUCCCGACAAGGACAAUAUACAGCGGACCAAUACAGAGAGCGGCGACGGCAGCUUAGGCCUGGCGGCCGACAAGUGUCGCAACGACUGGGGCCACUAUCCAAAGAGUUUCCUCGUUGACUUCUAUGAAGAGGGGGCCGGAUCUGUCUUUAAGGCGGCGGCCAAGAUCAACAACGUCGAGUAUAAGCUCGACUGCUGCGGCAAGAAUCGUUGGCUUCAGUUGUCCAUAGGGUGUUUAACCCGGUUUCGAUUAUGGGGGGGAGUUGGAGUAUAA